AUGGAAUUUACCAGCAAGGAACAAAAUCCACCCGAAACGCUUCAAAGUCUCCUCAAAUAUGAGCACAAGCCUGGUCAGGCACAAAGGUUUCUCGCUCGCAUGGGAAAGAAUUUCAGAUGGCCCUCCUCCAUGCCAGAAUAUCUCAGAAGACAUUCCUUCAGAAUAAUUGCUGACAUUGAGUUCGAAUUUGAUGACGAAGUCGGGUUUAACUUCAUAUUUUUCUACAACGCACUCGAUAGAGGUGAAUUUACGGGACAUGAAAACGAGUGGGUGACGGUACACAACCAGAAGGUAGUAGAGUAUGGAAAGGAGUAUAGCGAUGAUCAAUUGGACUACGUUCUCGAAACUAUGCCUGGUGCCAUCCAACACCCGGUUGAUCAGACACAUCUGCCACUACGUAGUAAGCCGGCGAAGAUGAUGAUUUCUCAGCGCGCUAAUAGUGGAGAUGAUUACAAGAUCAGGAUUCGCAUCAGAAGACCCAAUGAAAUUAAUUUGAUCGCUAUUUUUUCAUAUGAUUUUUAUGAUACCAUGAAUAACAACAAAAAAUAUACAUGCGUGGUCGAUACAGGGGCUCCGGAAUCCAUCUUGCCAUUUCAUGUUAAAAGGAUACUUGGGAGGCAGGAAUGGAGUACAAACCUAAGAAGAGCUGGGGGUUAUGGAGCACCCGCGGAACAAGUUUGUGCGUCUAGGAUGUUUGAGGUUCAAGCCAAAAUUUUACUCUGGGAAAAUGAUCCUGGUAAUCAAGUUGAAUAUGCCCUUGGUAAUGAUGUUACGGACAAAUUAGCAUAUGUUCAUGAACCAGGGAAUUCGUUAAAGUUUUUAGAUAUUGGAGAUGAGAUCAAACUCACUACAUUUUUGAAUACCUGUCAUUAA